AUGCUCCUAAUCAGGGAGCCCCAAUUUUCUUCACAAUCGCCUUUGCUAUCUCAGCCGUUGGCCAUAUUUGGCAAUGUCUGUACGUGCCCCGAGCGCUUUCCGCUGCUCGAACUCGCCAACUACCACGUUCUCGGCCGCAUGUUCUACUACGUCCCAAAUCUCGCACCCCUUCCCCCCGGCAAAGUUCUAGCCAUUUUCGGUGCUCUAAUGGCGCUUGUGGAGGCAUUGAAUGCUUUAGGGGUAGCUUUCAACGCCGACCCCACCGGCAGCCAGCAGGGGUUUGGGAAAGCUUUGAUCCUUGUCGCACUCGCGCUUCAGCUGUGCGUGGUACUUGCAUUCGUUUCAAUAGCGGGCUCCUUCCAAUGGCGGUGCGCAAAAGCAAAGAUUCGUCGCAGGUCUCUUCCGAUUCUCCUUAUUACGCUAAAUAUCAGCAUGGCUUUGAUUCUGGUCCGCUGCAUCUACCGCCUGGUGGAACACGUCGGCAACACGUCGGUGGAUCUUGGUGAUCCAGAAGAACUCGGAACUCUCAGCCCCCUUUUGCGAUAUGAGUGGUUCUUCUAUGUCUUUGAGGCAUCGCUCAUGCUCGUCAACUCUUUCCUAUGGAAUGUGUUCAAUCCAGGUCGCUAUCUGCCCAGACACCACACGGUUUAUUUGGCGGCGGAUGGCACGACCGAAAUCGAAGAGGAGGAAGUCCGCAAUGACCAACAUGUUCUGGUCAAAGCUGUGUAUGCGGCCGUCAAUGCACUUACAUUUGGCCUGUUUCACCUCAUUGUCCGUCAGAAGGACGAAGAAACUCAUCCGCUAGCAGAGCGGAAUAAGUAG